GCCACCCAUGUUUCGACUUUAUAACAUUGGCGCUGGCUCGAAGCUGGGGAGAUCCGCACGUUAGCAUGGGUUAGCAGACGCACCACGUGUUCCUUCAGCGGAUCGGAUACUCAGCGCGUAGCACUUUUAAAACUCAACAUCUCACAGCACUGCGAUCGGAACCAGAACUUCGCCUCAAAACACUAACAAGAGACACAAACAUAAACCCGCCGUCACAGAAGACACCUGCAUGCUGGAUAAAGAUGCGUGGCUCAGUGACAGGAUGUGUGCUGCUGAUAUGCGUUGUUGCUCUUCUGGCCGAACAGGCUGAAGGACACAUCGCAUUUUUCAGCCCCAAGGAGAUGAGAGAGCUCAGGGAAAAGGAGGGGAGGAAGGACGCUGAUUCACGAGCAGAAGGGCUUUUAGUGGAUGAAACGUCUCCAGAAGAGGAUGGAGGAGAGUCAGCGGGCCAGCCUGUAGAAAUAGGGCUGAAGCUCACUGCUAAAAAGAGCCAUAUUGGGUCUGCUUUCGGUAAGAUGCUGCAAAACAUCGUAGAAGAGCCAGACAACGCGAAUUAAAGGUGGCAUUUAUAUCUGCAUUCCAUGACAAUUGCAGUCUGAUGAUUCACCUCAACUGCAAGCACAAAGCCUUUGUCUGAGAAUGUAAACAUGUAAAAAGAAUCACAAUAAAAUGAAUUUGCAUGUAAA